AUGGCCUCCAACCCCAUUAUCUCUCUCAUGUCUAAGGAGUUGCUAACCGGCGAGAACUUCAUGAAAUGGAACUCAAAUAUCAAGACAGUGUUGAUCAACGACAAAUCAAAGUUUGUGAUGAUUAAAAACAAGCUUGAUUUUCCUAGAGAGAACGCCAUGAGGACCGUGAGAGAAAAGUAUGAACGUUGGACUACUACCAACAAUAAGGCCAAGGCGUACAUGCUCGCUAGCAUGUUGGAAAUGCUAAGGAAAAAUAUGGAGGAUGUAAAAACUGUUUAUGACAUCAUGGAACAACUCCAAGAAAUGAUUGGGCAAAAGUCAACGCAAGCUAGUUUCAAGGCUACCAAGAAGUAA